AUGCGGCGAUACGGAUUGUGGUUUCGAUUGCGGAAGAUAAUAAUCUGGUUGCUGGGAGUGUACAUAGCCAUUCCAUUUCUAGUCAAACUUUGCCCUGCUAUUCAGGCAAAGCUGGUCUUCCUAAACUUUGUGAGGAUCCCUUAUUUCAUUGACUUGAAAAGACCACAGGAUCAAGGUUUAAACCACACCUGUAAUUAUUACCUGCAGCCAGAGGAGGAUGUAACCAUUGGAGUCUGGCACACAGUCCCUGCAGCCUUGUGGAAGAAUGCCCGAGGGAAGGACCAGUUGUGGUUUGAAGAUGCUUUGGGUUCCAGCCAUCCUGUAAUCCUUUACUUGCAUGGCAACGCGGGAACAAGAGGAGGGGAUCACCGUGUGGAACUUUACAAGGUUCUCAGCUCCCUUGGGUACCACGUGGUGACAUUUGAUUAUCGAGGCUGGGGCGAUUCAAUAGGCAGCCCAUCAGAGAGAGGAAUGACCUACGAUGCCCUUCAUGUCUUCGACUGGAUAAAAGCAAGAAGCGGCGACAACCCCGUCUAUAUAUGGGGACACUCCUUGGGCACGGGGGUCGCAACAAAUCUAGUGAGGCGCCUUUGUGAGAGAGAAACGCCUCCAGAUGCCCUGAUACUGGAAUCUCCAUUCACCAACAUACGGGAGGAGGCACGGAGUCACCCUUUUUCUGUGAUAUACAGAUACUUCCCUGGAUUUGACUGGUUCUUCCUUGACCCCAUCACGACAAGUGGAAUUAAAUUUGCAAACGAUGAGAAUGUGAAAUACAUUUCCUGCUCCCUGCUUAUCCUUCAUGCUGAGGAUGACCCGGUGGUACCAUUUCAUCUGGGAAAGAAGCUCUACAACAUCGCUGCGACGUCACGGAGUUUCCGAGACUACAAGGUGCAGUUUGUUCCGUUCCACACAGACCUGGGCUACAGGCACAAGUACAUCUACAGGAGUCCAGAGCUACCUCGAAUAUUGCGGGAAUUCCUGGGAAAAUCUGAACAUGAGCAUCAUCACUGAAGACUGGCUGCUUGGCAGCACAGAGAUUUUCCUUUCUUUCCUUCCUCUUUCUCCUUUUCCUCCCCCUUCCCUUUGGUUCAGUCUGCAAUUCUUCCAUCCCUGGCACUAGAGGAGGUCAGGGAUUCCCACUGCAGUCCUGAUGUGUACCCUCAACAACUCCAGCUCCCAGCAUCAGUGUCCAUGAUGGUAGAAGAAAGAAGUACGUUGGCUUCUUUUUUUGGCAGGAUGGAGGGGUGAUAACAGCCCAGGAGCCAGUACCAAACCAUGAAAAAUGUAAGCACAACAAAGCCUGGCCAAUCCAGCCUUUUACUGCUGAGGACAGACAUUCCUAGGACAUGUGUCAUGACCAAGAGUGUUUCUUUCCGAUUCUAAACACUGCUGCUGUUUUUUGGAUCAUGUAGAGACUCAUUCAUAGGCAAAUGGCUUUUGCUGUGUCUCCAUACCACAGUUGUCUUGCUUGAGUUUGAAGUGUUCUCCUUCUAGGAAAUACUUGUUUUGCCUUUCCUUUU